AUGCACCAAGACCGCCGCGACGGGGACGCCGCUCUCGAGCGGCCUUACAUGUUCGGGCGCCACGAGCCCCUGGCCCGGGCGCUCGGCGCGGUCGUCCCCGUGCACGAGUUCAUCAGGUCCUGGAGCAACAAGUCCUUCGCCAGGGACGACGCACAGGUGGCAAUCGUUCUGGUAGGCGCAGCAGGGAGCGGGGUUGGGUUCCAUCGGCACGCGGCUGCGAUCCAAGCCACGCUGUAUGGUAGGAAGCGCUGGCUGCUCUACCCGCCGGAUGGGAACCCGCCCGGAGGCAUGAAGGGCGAUUGGCCAGUCUAUGACUGGCUCACAGUCGUGUAUCCCAACCUUUCAGCCGAUCGAGCGCCUCUGGAAUGCAUUCAGGAGCCAGGAGACGUGUUAUACAUACCAGAGGGGUGGUACCACGCCGUGCUCAAUCUGGCGGAUUCCGUAGCAUUGAGUGCUCAACACGACGGCUUCUCGAAUAAGUCGAUGAAGGCCACAAACAAGUUCAGGGAGGCGAAUGACACGAAGCACCGCGUGGGCUACGCGAGGAUGGCUGCGAAGUUGUUGCCUAGCAACAUUGAAUCGAAGAUCGAUCUAUUCGAGGCCCUGAGGGAUGCCGAGAAGGUGGAGGAGGCGUUCGGCAUCAUCAGCGACGUGGCCCAAGCCGAUCCCCUCUUUGUCCAUGGGCAGAAAGCAGUUUUCGAAAUGAUGAGAAAGUUCGGGGCCAAAGACAUUCUGCCUGCGCUGCGGGAGUUCAAGCCACACCUGGAGCGUUGCCCGCGCAAUCUGUUCGCGAACAUGUUGCUGUGGCGGACUUCCACCUGCUGA